GAUUUUUACUGUUUAUUCAGGCGCAUAUAUACAUUUCUGUUGUAUUAUGAUGUUGUACAUUCUUUUGUAAAUACUGGUUGAGUUCAGAUAAAACUACCUUGGCUUCGUUCAGACCGAUGAGCCGCGCAGCUAACGUUAGCUGUGUCAUGGUGUAAGUGUGUGUUAGCCAUUAGCCCACAGAGCAGAAAUACACUAUUAGGAUCUAAAUCUAUUAAAUAAGUUCCAGGAGUGAUAUUUAUCAUGACUCAUUAACUCACAGUGGCUUCAGACAGUAUUCAGACCCACGUUUUGUUGUAUUUUUAAUUUUAAAAAAGGAUAAAAUUGCCUAUUUUUGUUGUUGUUGUUUUUUUGCUUUUGAGUGACGUCAGACUCUCCCUCUUGUGUUGGUCAGGUACUUCCUGUUUGCUUUAAUGAUCCUUCAGGUUGGUCUGGGAACUCGAUUGGCAAAUUAGACCUGAUUGGACAAAGUUUAAAAAGACACACACACGUGUCUGUGUGUGUACACAAGGUCCCACAGGUCCAACUGCAUUUUUUUUUCAGGACAAAAACAAAGUUUCUUGAAGUAACAGGAAGUCGCUGUGGACAUUUUGGCGAGGCACAGAUCCGGACAAGGUGUUUCAGACUGAAGCCAUGAGGACGAGUGAGUUUGACUCGUCAUCUGAGGACGAGGAGAUCGGAGCGGAGCAGCUGACUCCCUUCCACGUCUCCUGGUUACCUCUGUCCAUCGUGGAGUGCUCACAGUUUCUUGGGAUUUGUGCACUACCAGGUUGCAAAUACAAAGAGAUCCGCCGGAGUCUGCAAAGAGACGUCGAGGAGCUCCAGAACCAGGGCGUGCAGGACGUGUUCGUUUUCUGCACCCGAGGGGAACUGAACAAGUACAGGGUUCCCUCGCUGCUGGAGGUCUACCGGCAGCGAGGCUUCACCGUUCACCACGCGCCCUUCCCAGACGGAGACGCUCCCGAGCUGAGGCAGUGCUGCCAGAUCCUGGAGGAGCUGCAGGUCGGCCUGGACAACAGCAGGAGGACGCUGAUCCACUGUUAUGGAGGCCUGGGACGCUCUGGAUUAAUCGCCGCCUGUCUGCUGCUCCAGCUCUCCUCCACAAUGACGGCGAACAAAGCCAUCGAGAUCCUCAGGGAGCACCGAGGAGGCGGAGCGAUACAGACGGUGAAGCAAUACAACUUCCUCCACGAGUUUCGGGAGAGGUUCGCAGCGUACCAGGAGAGCAGAGAGGUUUCCACAGAGCGCUCCGUGUCCCGGUGAUCGACGCUUUACACGUGGGAAAUAUCGAUCUCUUAAAAACGUGUUUUGUCCGGUGACUUGUCUUUUGAUUAUUGGUGAUAAAAUUCUCUCUUGUGGCUGCACCUUAACAGAAUAGUCUUUAAUUUAUUGCUUUUUCUUCCUCAUAAUGGAAUAAAGACUUGAAUGAAGAAAUGCU